AUGCCUUCGCAAUCUUUAACUCAGGUGUCGAAAUGCACUAUUUUCCCAGAUCAAAUUUCCUCCAUGGAUGACCUCAAACUCUCAGUUUCAGACCUCCCUAUGCUCUCAUGCCAUUACAUUCAGAAGGGAUGUUUAUUUACAAGCCCACCAUUUCCCUUUACUGAACUCGUUUCUCUCCUCAAGCGAAGCCUCUCGCAGACGCUCACUCACUUCCCACCGCUUGCCGGCCGACUCACCACUGACGAUAAGGGAUACGUUUACAUCACCUGCAAUGACGCUGGAGUUGAAUUCAUUCACGCCAAUGCGUCCCAUAUUUAUGUCAAGGACAUUAUUAGGCCCACUGAUGUCCCACAAGUAGUUAAAACAUUCUUCUCUUUUGAUCAGACGGUUAGCUAUGAAGGACAUUUUAGCCCCAUUCUUGCCGUUCAGGUGACGGAAUUGGCUGACGGAGUCUUCAUUGGCUGCGCCGUAAAUCAUGCCGUUAUGGAUGGGACGUCGUUUUGGAAUUUCUUCAACAGUUUUGCUGACGUGAGUAGGGGCAUUAAAAGAAUAUUCCGGACUCCAGACUUUCGCCGGGAAUCGAUUCUGAUUUCCCAGGCGGUACUUAAAAUCCCAGCCGGCGGACCAAAGGUUACUUUCUCCCUUGAUGCUCCAUUGAGAGAAAGAAUUUUCAGUUUCAGCAGAGAAUCAAUUCUGAAGCUGAAAGCCAAAGUUAAUAACCAGAGAUGGGAACUUAACGGCGAGAUUGACGUCGCUGAAUUAAUAGGAAAGCAUAGCAACGACACAUUCAAAUUUCCCGGCGAAAAGUUGACGCCGUUAACAUGGCUAAAAAAUGUUGUCUCGAAGGAGACACGAAAUGCAAACCCAACGGCUGAGAUUUCAUCGUUUCAAUCAUUAUGCGCUGUACUAUGGCGCGGAAUUACACGAGCAAGGAAAUUACCACCUUCUAAAACUACAACGUUUCGCAUGGCUGUGAAUUGCCGCCACCGGCUGGAGCCGAAGCUGGAGCCACUUUACUUCGGUAACGCUAUACAGAGCAUUCCGACUCUCGCAUCAGCCGGCGACGUGUUGUCGAAAGAUUUGUGCUGGUGCGCAGAGAAAUUAAAUAAGAAUGUGUUGGCGCACGACAAGGAUACAGUGAGGAAAUUCGUAGAAGAUUGGGAGCAGGACCCACGGUGUUUCCCUUUGGGUAAUUUCGAUGGUGCGAUGAUCACAAUGGGAAGUUCUCCUAGAUUUCCAAUGUAUGAGAAUGAUUUCGGGUGGGGUAGACCUGUCGCUGUUCGUAGCGGGCGAGCUAAUAAAUUUGACGGGAAGAUUUCUGCAUUUCCGGGUCGCGAAGGUGGUGGGAGUGUAGAUUUUGAAGUGCUUUUGGCAUCGGAGACCAUGGCGGGUCUAGAGUCCGACCCGGAGUUCAUGCAAUAUGUCACAAGUUACUAA